AUGCGGUGGAUUGUGCUGGCAAUCAUUCUUUGCGUCGCAGUGAUCGAGAUAGAUUCGUUUCGGAUAUACAGGCGGCCGUUUAUAAGACGGCGGUGGCCGAUAGGAAGACAUUAUGGCGGUUCAGACGUUGGUAGCAAGUACGCGAGGGGAAGGCGUUACCACAACACCGCGUAUGACAAUGGGGCGAGGGGCGCGGAAGGUGGUAACUACCACAACGCUGGUACCCACGAGUUCCACAACAUUGGACAGCAUCACAAUAAAUACACCAAGAUAGAGAAAUCAGAAAACUCUGGAAGUCACAACAUUGGAGGCUCAGACUCCUACGACAACGGCGGGGCUUUCGGAAGGAAUUUCGCGAACCAUAAUACCGGUCUCAACCAGUAUGGCAGCGACUAUGACCAAGGUCAAGACCAUGCUACUACGUGGUAG